UUGGAUAAAAUUAAACAUUUAACGAAGCAUCUAAAGGAAAUGCAGACACAAUUUGAUAAGGAACGAAGUCAAUUGCAAGCCCAAUUCGAACAAGCACAAAAGCAGCACAAACUUGAUAUGCGGGCACUAAAACAACGCCUAACCAAAUUGCGUAGUCAGAUAGAAAAGUGGCACAGAGAUCAUAGUAGUGAACACAGUGAUCAUAGUAGUGAACACAGUGAUCAUAGUAGUGAACACAGUGAUCAUAGUAGUGAACAUAGUGAUCAGAGUGAUCAGAGUAGUGAACACAGUGAUCGUAGUAGUGAACAUAGUGAUCAGAGUAGUGAACAUAGUGAUCAUAGUAGUGAACACAGUGAUCAUAGUAGUGAACAUAGUGAUCAGAGUGAUCAGAGUAGUGAACACAGUGAUCAUAGUAGUGAACAUAGUGAUCAGAGUAGUGAACAUAGUGAUCAGAGUAGUGAACACAGUGAUCAGAGUAGUGAACAUAGUGAUCAGAGUAGUGAAGACAGUGAUUAG